AUUCACUACCUCCGGCUCACCAUUGCAGUCUUGAAGCAUGAGAAAUCCAGGAAAUACCUGCUCAGCAAUGUUCUCUUUGAUGUGCUCCGUUCGGUUGUGUUCUUCUACAUUAAGAGCCCGCUGCGUGUGGAGGAAGCUGGUUUGCAGGAGCUCAUUCCCACCACGUGGUGGCCAAACCGCUUCACCAAGGAGGGCAAGGAGAGUAAGGAGGUGAAGGAUGAGAGUGCUGAGGAGAGACUGAGGCGUCGGGCAUAUGAAAGAGGCUGCCAGCGGCUCAAGAAACGCAUCGAAGUGGUGGAAGGUCUCCAGGUUCAGAUUCUGAAGCUGCUGCUGAACAACAAGGACAGAGGAGGGGGGGAAGCCUCCAGAUACAUCUUCCUAAACAAAUUCCGCAAGUUUCUUCAGGAAAAUGCUAGCAACAGAGGGAACUUGACCGUGUUGUGCCCGCCAGAGUACAUGGUGUGUUUCCUGCACCGGCUGAUCGCUGCCCUGCGUUUCUUCUGGGAUGGCCACAAGGCUGCACUGAGCAGCGAAGAGGCCUAUGUCCCUCCUCAACUCUUCUAUAAUGGGAAGGUGGACUAUUUUGACCUACAGCGACUUGGAGGUCUCCUGUCACAUCUUAAAAAGACUCUGAAAGAUGACCUGGCUGUGAAAGCCAACGUCCUGAUCGACCCUGCAGAGCUGCAGGCCGUGACUAUGGAUGAUCUCGAUGAAGAUGAGGAAUCAGCGACGUCAGCAGCACAGCGUCCCUCUGCUGCCCUGGCCAUUGGCGGAGCUCUUGCCAGACCUGGCUGGCUCAGCUCCCCCACCCUGGGCCGUGCCAACCGGUUCCUCAGCACGGCGGCCGUCAGCCUGAUGAACCCGCGGCGGCCGCUGGGCGCCCUGGAGAAGGUCAAAGUGCGCACGCUGAGCGUGGAGCAGCGGACGGAGGAGGACAUUGAAGGCAGCCAUGGAAAUGAAGGUCUCUUACUGGGCAGACCCCCAGAGGAGCCAGACCAGCCCAUCACAGAGAACUCCCUCCUGGAAGUCCUGGAUGGGAUAGUGAUGAUGUACAACCUCAGUGUCCACCAGCAGCUUGGGAAGAUGGUUGGUGUGUCAGAUGAUGUGAAUGAAUACGCCAUGGCACUGAAAGACACAGAGGAAAAAAUCAGUCGAUGCCCAAAGCGGAGGAGAGACAUUCACGAGGAACUGCUGAAGAGCCAAAAGGUCUUCUCCGAAAAGCUCAAUCACCUCAGCCGACGCCUCGCUUGGAUAAAUGUCACCAUUUAUUCAAAGGAGAAGAUGCAGGACAUAUAUUGGCUGCUGCGGGUGUGCAUCCGCACCAUCGAGCACGGCGACAGGACGGGCUCGCUUUUCGCUUUCAUGCCCGAGUUCUACCUCAGCGUGGCUAUGAACAGCUACAGCGCACUCAAGAACUACUUCAGCCCUGUAAACAGCAUGGAGGAACUUCCAGGCUAUGAAGAGACCUUGAUGCGCCUUGCUGCCAUCCUGGCCAAGCAUUUUGCUGACUCAAGGAUUGUGGGCACAGACAUCCGGGACUCCCUGAUGCAGGCGCUGGCCAGCUACGUCUGCUACCCCCACUCGCUGCGUGCUGUCGAGAGGAUCCCAGAAGAGCAGCGGAUCUCCAUGAUGAAGAACCUCCUGGCUCCCUAUGAGCAGCGGCCCUGGGCACAGACCAACUGGAUCCUCGUCAGGCUGUGGCGGGGCUGUGGCUUUGGGUACAGAUACACACGGCUCCCACACCUGCUGAAAACCAAGCCUGAGGAUGCCAGCCUUCCGAGCCUGCAGAAGCCGUGUCCCUCCACCCUGCUGCAGCAGCACAUGGCAGACCUGCUCCGCGGCGACCGUGACCUGGCCCCCAGCUUCCUCAACAGCGUCCUUAACCAGCUGAACUGGGCUUUCUCCGAGUUCAUCGGCAUGAUUCAGGAGAUCCAGCAGGCAGCAGAGCGCUUGGAGAGGAACUUUGUGGACAGCCGCCAGCUGAAAGUGUGCGCCACUUGCUUCGACCUGUCGGUGAGCUUGCUCAGGGUGCUGGAAAUGACCGUCACACUGGCUCCGGAGAUCUUUCUCGACUGGAAUCGCCCAUCAUCGGAGCUGCUCCUUCGGAGGCUUGCCCAGGUAUUGGCCUUUAGCAGGGUGGCAAGAAGAGUGUGUGCUGAAAAAAGGAACUUGUUUGACAGAGUGGUCAACCUCCGUCUGCCAGGGCUGGAGAGCGUAGACCAUUACCCAAUCCUUGUGGCUGUGACAGGGAUACUGGUCCGGCUGCUUGUGGACACUGACAUUCAGGGGUGA